GUACCCGUGUUGGUCAUGGCACGGGCGGCCCCCUGGCGUGGCAGUGGGGUCGGGCAGUGGGACCCCACUGCGGUGCCUGGCAAAGGGACAGGCCCCCGGUGGGGUGUGCUGGGGGGGGCACCCCCCAUACCCACACCUCUCUGGCUCCCACACACUCACUCCAGAGCCGCGUUGCUCCCUGUGCAUGGGGCAGCACCGGUGCCUUGGUGUCACGCAGGAGGACUUGGCAUCAGCCAGGCGGGGAGCAGGGGCUGCCCGGUCCCACUGCUCCCCACUGGAGCUGCUGCAGGUUUGCCCGGUGCCUGCAGCCCCGGUGGCCCCGGUGCAGCCAAGCGAGCACAAGCACCGCGCGAGGGAGCGCCAGGGCUGCAGCCGUGCCGGGGGAGCAGCGUCAGCAGCCACGGCACGGCACCGCGCGCUGGGAGCGGCCGAGCAAGCGUGUAAUUGGGCCAGGCUAAUUAUGAUGGAUAACUCUAUUAUAUUCCCGUUUUUAAUGCGCCGCAGCUUAGCCUGCCCCGCUGACGCACAGGGCAGAGUUCACCCCUUUCAGCCCCCGCGAGCUCAGCGGCCGCGCAGCGUUAAAGCCUCGGUGUGCGGGGCGCUGAAUGCGGCGCCCAUAAUGGCUGUCACUCAGCCCUGCGCGCACAAACGUUUGCAAACAGCCGGUGACCAGCUCACACAAAGCACUCGCGGGGACCCCGCCGACGCUCGCCAGGGGGGCUCGGUGCUCCCAGGUGCGUGGCAGCCGAGCCGGGCACCAGCCCUGGCGCCGGCACGGAUUGCCUUUGGCUCUGGGGUGCGCGUUCCCUUGGCUGCGGGGCCCUGUCCGGCCGCGGGGGACCUGUGGCUGCCGUCCCAAGCGGGGCCACGGCCGCCAGCUCGUCCCUGCUGGCACGCAGCGCCUGCCAGCUCCCUGCGCCCGCCGCCCCGGGCACUGCUGGCGCCGCGCUGCAGCCCGUGGCUCGCCGCGCUGGGAACGCUGUGUACAGCUUAGCGGGCAGCCACAAAGCAGCACCGGCCUCUCCCACGCCCCCCCCUUCACCAGGGUGCUGAACUUUUCUUUAGGGUGAUAAACUGCCCCGCUCUGCUUCCUCCGCACGUGUGGAGCCCAGCAGCUCCCCUGUGGCCUGCCGCUGCCCUGGGGCACGCAGCCCCUUCUUGCUGUGGGGUGGCACGCAGCCCCCCAGCCCCUGUGGAAAUCUCGGUGCUCAUCAGCCGAGGACAGCGCUGCCCCGUGGGGUGUGCCCGUGUCCCGGUGCCGGUGCGUGGCACGGUGCAGUCAGCACGGCGGGCUGCUGCUGGCACUGUGCUCGGUGGUCCCGGCUGCUGAUCCCACCCCUCUGCUGGCUGCAGGCCCCAGGAGGCAGGAGGGGGCUGAUGGCACUGGAUGCCCGGUACCCGCUGCAGGGCUGGGUGCUGCCAGGCUGCGGGGCCGGCCAGGGGCUGUGGCGAGGCCGAGUGGUCUCGGGGUGCUCUGAGCUCUGAAGCUGCUGACAGGGCCAUGGGACCUGAGGCAGUACGGGGACCCGUGCCCCCCCCGAGGCACCUCGUCACUGCUGUCAGGCGGCUCCAAAUCCGUUCGUUCUGGUUGUCAUGUCCCAGGACGGAGCUGUGCCUGGUGGCUGUCCCAGCUCUUCCCACUGCUGCACUGAGCUGGGGGCAGAGGGGGGAGCACGGGCAGCGAGGAGCCCCGCGGACUGCCUGAACUUGACUGUGAACACCAGGGACACUCCUCGUGCUUGUGAAAAUAUUCCACGUCCCUGCUUGUCGAGCCUGUGGUCCUCAGCCUCUGCCCCUCGCAGGCAGCGCCGAUGCACGGCAUCGCAAACACACGGCCGGCAGCUCGGUGUGGGGGCCACCUGCCCACCCUCGCUCUGCCUCGUGCUCACGUUCCUUGUCACUCCCCUCCUCGCAGCAUCCCACAGGAGGUUUGUACCUCACCUCCCGCAGCCUCUUGCAGCAGUUCUGCUCCCCCAUCUCAGCAGCUCUCUGGCUGUGCCCUGGGUGAGCUCUGUGUGACCCUGAGCUCCUUUCAGCUCCUUUGCUCUGCCAACAAAUGCCUCGGGCUUGGCUGUGUCCCCUCUUCCCGCGUGCUUCUGCAGCCUUUUGUGGGUGCAGCCCCUUGUCCCAGACACGGAGGCUCACUGCAGGCUCUGCAGCGGGGCAGGGCUGGGGCUGUGCCCCUGGGUGCAGGCACGGGGCUCGGGGCUGCUCUGGCCACUGCUGGGGGUGGUGAGGGCGAGGGACCACAAGGACACGUGCGGGACCGUGGGCUGCAGGGACCAGGCAUGCAGUAUCUGGUCUGAGACACGCAGUUGAUGUGCAGGAGGUGGAAAUGGGGCGAGGUGAUGCUGCCCCGGUGGGGACAGGGUCAGAAAGUCAUCGCUGCUGGUGCCGUGCCCAUCUUGAGACUGCUGGUGACGAGCCCUGCCAGCCCACUGGUCUGGACUGGGAGAGCACAGGGGUAGCACUGGAGGGAGGGGAGGACUCCACAGGCAGCCAGCACAUGAGCUAACACGGGGGGGUCCUUUGUGCCGUGCAGCUCAGCCUCCUCCGGGCAGUGCCCCCAGCCCAGGGCCAGCUGCUGCUCCUGGGGCUUUGGUGCUGGGGUUUGUGAAACCUGCCCAGCCCUCGGCGCAUCCCGCACCCACCCGCGGGCCCUGCAGGGAUGGGUGCAAUGAGGCUCAGGGCAGGAAGGGGCAGCAUGGCUCAGUGACAGAGACAGGGCAGUGCCUGGGCGUGCAGGGUUUGGGCAGGUGGGGAGCUCUGUGGGGCACUCAGGGGCUCUGUGGGGCACUCAGGGGCUCUCCCUGCCUGGGCUGGGCUCAGCCUGGCACUGAGGACAGGGUUUGGCACUGCUGGCCUCAUGAGGAGCAGAUUUAGGGAUGUGGGGGGCCCCAGACUGUGAUGGGCUCACAGUUGUAGUUGGGCAACAGAGGUCUGAGAGCAGUCCCGGGGAAAACAGGGACAAGAGAUUUGGGAGCUGCUGUGGUUCUUGUCCCAGCAUUGGAGACCAAGGCGAGCGGGUUGGAGCUGGCAGGGAACACCGAGGGCUGGCAGUCCCGGGGGGCUUUGUCCUGGGGGGUGAGGAUGGGCCCUGUGGCUGCCCCAUCUGUGGGGGGCACUCCCUGCUGGGGGCACACGGUGGCACCCUGAGACAUCUGUGCCAGUGCGAGGCGAGCACGCGGGGCCUUGCGGGGAUAACGGGGCAGCUGGGGCAGGGUGAGUUGGGCUUCUUGGGCACCUGGGCUAGUACAGGGUUGCACCCACGGGGUCCCUGCUGCCCUGAGGCACCAUACGGCUCCUCCUGCCUGCAGGUAUCGGCCCCACCAUGCCAAAAAACCCCGUCCCACCCCUUCCUUCUGCUCUCUCUGCAGACACGCUUCGCUGCGGAUGGCACCGGGCUCUCUGGGACGAGCACGGAGGGGCUGUCACCAGAGGCGGAGGAGCUGGAGAGGGCGCAGCAGCGGGGCGAGGGGACGGAGUGGCGGCUGGAGGUGCACGAGCAGCUGCUGGCCCUGCGGCACUGGCUGGACGCCGUGGAGAAGAGGCUGCCGGAGCCGGGCCCUGCGCUGCAGGUAUCGGGCUGGCCCCGGGCGAACGGCGGCCGGCAGAGCCAGGCAGGACCCAGCCCACGGUUCACAGAGGCUGGUGAGGUCUCGGUCCCCAAACGGGACAGCGCCUGGCUGCGGCUGGUGGCAACGACACGGCCCUGCCAACCUCCCCCUGGCACCGAGGGAGCAGGCAGGGGGCUGUGUCCCCACGGCGCUCACCCAGACCUGCCCAUGGCACGGCUGCGCCUCCGUACCCCACCGCCACCUCCUUUGGCUGCGGAGGGCUUGGAGCCUCGAGCCCCCACUGGCAGCCAGUCCCUGCCACCCCCUGCCCCUGGCUCAGCCCCGUCCUGCGUCCCCUGCAUCCAGCCAGGGCCGUGCAGCUGCGCAGGGAGGGCUGCACGCGCUGCCCAGCCGUGUCCCCGCCGUGUGCCCAUCUGCUCGCAGGGCCCUGCCAGCAGGGUGUGAGGCGUCCCCCUGGUGCGGGGCAGCAGCGGGAGCACCCGGCCGGUGGGGGCUGCCCUGGCCAACCCCUCCUCGCGGCCCUGUGAGCAGCCCCUCGCUGGCUCCUUUUGUUCUGGGGCUGGCCAGCACACGGGCUCCCCGCGCACACAUGACAGCACAAACUGAAAGGGCCAUUCAUCGCGGCCCUGGCGCAGACAAAGCCGAGGCCGAGGAGAAACCCACCCAGCUCCCGGGAUCUGAGGCUGUGGAUUCCAGCCGCCCGCUCCCGCCGCUGCCCCGCGCUGGGCUCGCUCUGCCCGGGGCACCCGCGCCACCCCCAGCCCGUACCUGAGGCCGGGGAGCGUGCCAAGGGAGCUCCUGGCAGGCGCGGGUCGGGCACAGCGAGCGGCUCCGGGAGGGAGCCGGGGCUGCUGCCCCCACCUCGGGGGGCCCUGGCCGGGCGCUCGGGGCACGGGAGCCUCAGCAGCGUGGGGGCUGUGCCGGGGGUGUCCAGGCUCCUGCUCGCCCUCCGUGGGGCUGCGUGGUGGGGGGCGAGAGCCGUGCUGCAGGAGCAGAUGGAGCUGGGUUUGGGGGAGCAAUAGAGGGGUGCAGACCCCCCGCCAGUUCCUUUUUGGGGUGCUCAGUGGGGCAGCAUCACCCCCCCCCCCAGCACAGAGCCAGCACCAGGGGCUCAGCACCCUUGGCCAGCCCCCGGGAGCCUCCCAGUUGUCGGGGCUCCCCUGGGGAGUCCCGGAGCACCCAGGGAGGCCCCCGCCUCCGCAGGGCGCCCACGCACAGCCCCGGCAGCGGGUGCCGAGCCCCCCGCUCAGCGGGAAGGCGCCGCGGAGCCGCAGGGACCCGGGCUAUGCUAAUUCCCUGCCGCGUCUCUGGCAGACAAAGCCCCCGGACGCCUCCGCCCGCUGCUUUCAGGAGAGCCCAAGGGACCCCAUCCAUCAGCGCCGCGACGCUGCCGGGGCCCCCCGAGGGGCACCCGCUGCUUGUGCGGGGCAGGAGCCCCCCGGCCCUGGGCCGUGCCCCCCACGGGGUGGGCUCGGGCAGGCUCCGGCGCUGGGGCUGGCGGCACGGGCACCGCGGGCAGCAGCAGAGCCCCGACCCCCCCGGGAGCCCCGAUCCCCCCCCGCACCCAGGGCAGCGGCGAGUCCGGCCCGGAGACCCCCCGGGGGGGCGGUGGGCUCUGUCCUGGCACCGCCGCCCCCCUGCCCGGCCGCUCCCCCUCCCGGCCCCCUGCUCCCACCCGAGACCCCCCCACCCCAGCGUUGGGGUGCAGCGGGGAGGGGGCCGCGCCCCGGCCACCCCUUGGGGGGGGGCGCGCUCGGGACCCGGGGUCGGGCAGCGGCACCCCCCUCGCCCCCCCCUCCCCGUAGACCCCGUCCAGCCCGGGGGGGGCCGCGCACGGGGCCGGGUCCCGGCCCCCCGGGGCUCUCCCAGCCCGGUCCGGGGCCGGGGGCAGGUGCCGGGGAGGGGGGCGGUGGGAACGGCGCCGCUCCCCUCCCCCGCCCGGGAUGGCUGCGAGGCCCCGGGGGUUUCCCCGGUAACGGCCCCGCCGCGGCUCAGCACGCCAAGGGUUAACGCGAGCGGCCGUAUUGUACGAGGGGGGCGUGCGGCGGGGUCAGCAGAGCCGUGCCGAGCCGCGCCGAGCCGCGCCGAGCCCCCCGGGCCAUGUCCCCGCGCCGGUGACCCGGGGCCCGUCCCCGCUCCGCGCCCCCCGCGCCCGUCCCCGCCCCGCCGCCAGGGGC